ACGAUUACGGCAUUGCCAUGUCUAAAUUUCCGGAUUUAAUGACGUGGGAAUUAGAAAUCAUCUGCAGUCGAUUUCCUAAACUUCAUUGAUUUCCUUGUCAUUCGAUACUUCUCACAUUAGAUUGAUCAUUCUCGUUUUAAAUUUGUUGCACAAUUUUAAACUAAACGCUAUUGCGGGCAAUCAGUCGAAUAUCGAGUCACUUUCAUAUUGUGCCUUCCAGUUGUAAAAGCUGAACUUCCUUCGACUUCUCAGUCCUCCCGAACACUUCGGUGGCCUGCGUUUCAACUAUUUGCCAAAUGGCUGAGUGCGGAGUCAUGUGGGUUGAUAAAGCUGCCCGUUAAUCCAGAGCCGGGCACAUGCUGUGGUGUUAAUACCACACACUGAUGAAGAAUUCAGCACUGAGCUCUCAGUCUGUAUCACAUCCAAACCGUUAUUUCAGUGUUCAUUAGGGAACACGAGCAAUGCUUCAAACCAAGGUGAUCCAGCUGGAGUCAAAGGAACACAUGCAGCAAAUAAAAAAUCACGGAGGAGAAACCACAGCCAUAAAACAUAAUAAAAACAUUGUCAGAUGUAAUUGUCAACUUAUUAUAACCUUCCCUGAUAAAGUCAAAAGGUUUGGUGAUUGGCUGAAAGGGCAAAAUGUUAUAUUUCUAUUUAUUGACUGGAAUUUGCGUGGGAUUGCUCAAGUGAUGUUUGUCAACAACUCUUUGAGCGGGUUAAUUAUUUUGGUUGGAUUGAUUUUCCAAAAUCGAUGGUGGGCACUUAAUGGCUUCGUGGGAUUGGUGUUCUCAAACAUGACAGCACUUCUGCUCAGUCAGAACAGAUCUGAUAUUGCAGCAGGGCUUCAUGGAUACAAUGGUAUCUUGGUUGGCUUCGUACUGGCAAUGUUUUCCAGUAAAGGUGAUUGGUAUUGGUGGAUGCUAUUGCCAGUGACUGUGAUGUCAUCAUUAUGCCCUGUGCUUUCAAGUGCUUUGGCCUCCAUAAUGGAAAAAUGGGAUCUGCCUAUUUUCACGCUGCCUUUUAAUAUUAUUCUGUCGAUGUUUAUGGCUGCCACAGGACAUAACAACCAACAUUUUCCCCAGGUUCUCAUUCAGCCUGUGACUGGACCAUUCAAUGUCACAUGGCCAGAUCUCAGUGUUACCAUGCUUCUUAGAGCUGUCCCAGUGGGUGUUGCCCAGGUGUUUGGUUGUGACAAUCCCUGGACUGGUGGCAUGUUCCUUAUUGCAUUAAUAAUCUCAUCUCCAAUUAUAUGCCUACAAGCUACAAUUGGAUCCUGUCUCGGUAUACUGGCAGGAUUAUCUCUGGGUUCACCAUUCCAGAAAAUCUAUGAUGGAUUAUGGAGCUACAACUGUGUUCUGGCCUGUGUUGCAGUGGGAGGAAUGUUCUAUGCCCUUACUUGGCAGACCCACCUCUUGGCAGUAAUGUGUGCAAUGUUCUGUGCGUACUUAGGAGAAGCACUGAUGAACAUGAUGUCUGUGUUUGGAUUACCUGCAGGAACUUGGCCUUUCUGCCUUUCCGCACUCGUGUUUCUGCUGAUUACCAGUAACAACAAAGCUAUUUAUAAAUUGCCACUCAAUAAAGUGGCCUCCCCUGAGGCAAACAGAAAAGUUUACAAGCAGUUGCUGAAACAUGACCAAUAUGAAUGAAAAGGAACAUUGUAAAAUUUUGGAAUGGAAAUC